UUUUCGAUGAUCACUACUGACAGCACAAGGAAAGACAAACGCGGCUGGAAUGUUAUUUUUUUGUAGCUCUGGCAGAGUACGAAAGAAAAACAAACACUUUUGUAUGGUGAGAUAUUGAUUUCUAAAUUUGAGGUAAACCCAGGAAAAUGGACAAACUCUAACAUAUUACGAGAGACUGUUGCUUCUUGCUUUUCGGUCAGUGCAGGGAUUGAAGUACGGGAAACUAACAUUACUCUGUUGGCUUGUGCUCUGACUAUAAACGAUUCUUUGACGCGAAUAUAAGUUACAACUUGAUGUUAUCGGCAAUGACAAAAGAACAUGAACUUUUUCACGCUAUUAAAUCCGAAGACAUACCCGCAUUAUCCCGCAUUUUGGUGAAAUACAAAACUUCAAAGCACAAAUUGCUGGGCUCCAAUAAGAGAAGCAGUAUUAACAUUCAGGAUCCUGAUGGUUCUGUGCUGAUGAUGUGUUCCACACUGUUGGUUCGCUUUCCCGAAAUAAGCUUCAUUAUCCAAAUAAAUCAGAGGGGAAACAAGAUCUUUACUCAUAUGACAAGUCUGUAAAGAAUCAACAUGCUUUA